AUGACCCCUCAAAUGGUAACCACUUCGAAUGCUUGCAGCGUAGUCGGCCGGCGCCCUGUGGAGGACUCUGUAGCUGAGAGAGCUGUUGAUGAGGAAUGGCGUGCUGCAUUAUCCGAUAGCAUUGCGGCUGCAUCUUCCCAAAUGGCACAGUACUCCAACGAGCCGCCUACGAAGCAGAACCCCAAAUCGCGGUGUAAAUCAUCGACGGCGCCAGACUCGGGUUACUCUUCACAGGUCAGCUCUCCGAACAAUCCGAGCCAGGGAACGUUGGCUGGCAAAGAGAGUAUAGAAUAUCCAUCUAGAAGACGCUUCCCAAGAAAACCCAAGAAGCUGCGAAUAUACGACAAACCAAUAGAUCAACCAACGCAGACUCGUUUCCUGGAUUUGAAGGUACUGUUUGGGCGCACGUUGCAUGAAUUCUUGGCCAAAAAGAAGGUCACAUUCACUGCCAUUCAGAUGCGCCUCAGCGUCUUGGGCGAAGAUGAGGCCUCUGCGAAGCCAUGGAUCAUUAUCGCUUGUGAAAAGGCAACAUUGAAGACAGUGAAGCAGUUCUUUGGCCAAACAGAUAUCAAAGAGGAGCUUCAAGCAAAUACCGGCGAAUGGCCAGCAUUCGAGCUAAUCAUUUGUGACCGAGCUCUAAGGCUGCUGACCGCCGACAUUGACAUCGAAGUCUUCGCUCACGACCGGGACUACAUUAAAGGUCUCUUCGCGCGAAGUGCCUGUGGAAUGGCGAUAAAAGCGGCACAAAACGGGGGAAAUCAAGCGCUAUGGCUUACGGCUGGCCAUAUUCUACCUGGUGACUCAAUGUUGGGUGCAUUGGAGAAUGAACUUGAAAUCAAGAGUGUAAAGGAAGACGGAUUGGACACCGAUGACUCGCAAGCUGAAUCUUACGCCGCCCAGGAAAGUAACCUUGAACCCCCAGACCGUCCGCAUUUGGACCAUCCGUUUUCGGACAGCAACGAGGAAGAAUUUGAGAUUGAGUUCGGCUAUGGUUCGAUGUCGCCCAGUAACGAUUCGGCCUCUCAGGGACGAGAAGAGCAGUCAGGUGAACACAACCCGAGCUAUUUGAUGAAUAUUGGACGUACUGUUGCUCAUUCAGGCCAAAGCAAGCCAUCUAUGUUGACGAAUAUUGGACGUAUUGUUGCUCAUUCAAGCCAAAGCAAGCCAUCUAUGGAAGAAGACUGCAACAGAGAUUGGGCUUUGAUCGAACUUAAUGAAGCCCAACGAGAUAUUGGAAAUUGUCUAAUCGACGGGCGUGGUGACUCGACUCCUUUUCCGUUACAAUUGACCCAAGUUGUGGAACAGAAAAUCCUUCAGAUUGACGGGGAAAGGCCUGUUGGCGUCAUAAGAACGUCGCCCAGCCCAAGCUGGGGCGUACUGUCGAGGGCUUGGUCAUUUAUCAUGAUAUCUCCGGGCAACGCGUUCACCGAGACAUAUACGCUUACCUUAGGACCUAAAUCAGGGUUGAAAGCUGGCGAUAGCGGUUCCUGGGUUUUUGAUUGUCAGAACUACAAGGUCUAUGGGCAUGUCGUCGCUGUGGACCUAUUUGGAGAAGGCAUAGUCGUACCCAUGCAUGCGAUCCUCACGGACAUAGAGCGAAAAUUUAAUGCCACUGCCGUUUGGCUUCGUGAUCUCCUCGGAAGGCCGGGCGAAACCGAGUUAGUUCCACAACAUCUACGGGACAUAACGCCAGAAAGAAUAGCUCCUAUCGGCCCAGAUUUAUUCACACCCAUCAGAAGAGAGUCAUCCAUUUACUCCGCGUAUGCGCCGGAGGAAAUAUCCCCUCAAGCUCGCGUUCUUCGCGAUCUGGACUCACCAGGCCAGUCCAGAUCUUUGAAACGCAAAGGCUCUUUCGUCGACUCCGCGUACUCUUCACAUCGCGGUUCCCAAACGCAUCGUCACUUUUUCUCAACGCGUCGUCCUCGUUUUCCCAACGCGUCGUCACGUUGA